AUCCCACUUCUCAUUGUGUUUCCCAGUAAAAUAUAAUUAAAAUUUAUUUAUUAUUUUAUUUAAUUAUUGACUGACACACCUGUACGAGAAUUCUAGGUCCGCCACUGCACAGGAGAAAAGGUCCAUUUUUUUACUUCCAAUCUAAGUUUACAGCAGAGGUCCUAACUAGAAGUAUGCAAGUGAAUAAGUGAUGAACAAAGACUGGUAUGGAACUUGAUGGUCAGCAUAAUUCGGCGGGAGAUAUGUAGCAAACUCAAGGUUGUCAACCCGCGGGUUUCCCUGACCCGGUCGAGAUAGUGGGUCAAGAGUUAACGGGUCACCCAUUUUAGCCCGGUUUAGCUGGAAAUAUGGAAAGAGUUAUUAUAUUAUACUUAUCUUGAUUAAUUAUAGGUUUAAUACACUUGUAUAUCCAAAACUUUCAUGGUUGUGCCAAUAAUAUCAAAAAAUCCAGAAAUACCACUUAUAUCCAUGUUUUAAAGUUGUUCUUUGCCAAAUCUAUCCACUUCCGUUAAAUACUUUGACGGCAUUAAUAAUUCCGUCAACAUAGCUGACGACAAGCUGAUUGUGCGCCAACUACGCCAAAGGUGACACAUAAGAAUUAAAAAAUAAUUAAAAAAAAAACCAAUCCCACAUAUACCCACUGACGACGAGCACGUUCAGUCCCCCUUUCUCCUUUUGUUUUUAGGGUUCGCCCCCUGGCGGCAACAGAACCUCCACCUGCUGACUGAACCUCCUCCCGACGAUUGAAGAUCCUCCCGCCGACUGAAUAUACUCCCUGGGAUUGAAGAUCCUCCCGCUGAGUGAAGAUUUCUGAUUCGUGGAUUUUGGCGAUUUGGCGACUCCUGAUAUUCUGGCGGAUUUGGCGAUUGGCGAUCGACGACCCAGAUUCACGUCAAAAGCUAUUUGCAGACCCAUCUUUCCAUUUGUCGUAGGCGAUUAGCUUUUUUGCCGAUUCUCGUCUCUGUCGAUGAAUUAAGUCGACGUCCCGCCAUGUCGAAGAGAUGUUAUUCUUCAACUUCGAUACAAGGUCAUGGGGUGGUAGUUUGCAAACACAUCGUGGCCUAUGUGGUUAAUACCUCUGGUACAGAACUGAAUCCAAGCAGGCAGUUCUAUGGGUGCCCAUAUUGGAAGAACGAGAAAAAGAACUAUGGUUUCUUUAGGUGGGUACAUGGGAUGGUUGAUGAAGUGGAAGAAAAAACCUCUACAAUUGGGAGUUCUCAGUUGAAGCUCGAGGAAAGUUUGCGGAUAGCUGAGUCGAAAGCGGAAAGGAGGAAGAAGGAGAAGAGAAUUUUGGUUGAAGAAUGUCAAGUUUGAUGAAGAUUCAAGAAGUUAUGCUAGCUGAAGGAAGGAGAGUGGCUCAUGAAAUCCGUCUCAUCCGAUAUCAUUUCACAGUUGUUGUUGUAGUGAAUUUCAUAUUGCUUGUUCUUUUGUGGCAGCACCAGUUUGUUAUGUAGAAGUAGUUGUCAUUGUACUAGGUUUGCUUCCAAUUGAAAGGUGAAUGAUGAAUGUGGAACAUGAAUCUGUUAUAAAAUGGCAUGAUGUUACUUAGUUGUUGUAGUUUAUGAGCUUCCAAUCUGAUAUGUUAAACAUAAGAUAGCCGAAGCCUGAGAUGCUAAAUAGUUGUUGUAGUUUAUGAUCUUCCAAAUAUGAGCUCCAAUCUGGGAUGCUAAAUAGUUGUUGUAUCUUUCUUACAAGCUAGUUGUUCAUUACAAUUUAGUCUAACCAUUCCGUUGCGGUCGAACCUCUUGCUCGUGGGCUGCCUUUCUUCUGUUUUUUUUUUUUUUGGUCUUCCAGGCAUACUUCUUUGUUUGGGUGGGUACACUGGAAUGCCCUCACCAGCAGGCCAAGCUUGUCUCCCUUCUAGACAUGGGAUUCCGUUCUUGUAAGCGUGCUCGGCGUUGUGCACAUAGUAAUUGGAAUGCACGUAGUUGUCCAAGUCCUUUCUCAAGUGGGAGAUCGCAGAGAUGGCAUGGCAGCAAGGAAUGCCACUCAACGACCAAUAACCACAUGUGCAAGAUCUAGUAGUUAGGUCGACAAUGUAACCUGCAACACCUAUCUUGACCUCACACUUAUCAUACAAAGUUUGUCUUGCAGUGCAUAACCUUGCCACCUCCUUUUCCUUCUCUGCCCAUUUUCUAAUUCUAGGGCAUAACAGAUCGGUUGUGUUCAACAACAUCUCAUACUUCACGACAACCCUAUCCAUCACAUACCCUCUAAUUCCCUCUAACAUGUCAAUGAUUCACAUUCCCCUAUACUUGACAAUCACCCCAUUCAAAGUUUCACAAAUAUUAGAUUCAACCGAGUCACACUUUGGAAAGCUAGACAAGAAUGCAUGACAAAAAGACCUAGAUUAUGCAUUCAUGAAAUCAGUGAAGGGGGUUGUACCAUGUUCCUCACCUUCAAUACAUUCCAUUUCGGUUGUGGCAUUCUUCCAAUCAACCUCAUUGCAAGAGUAGACUGUUUUCCAGAAAAGCUUUCUGACCCUAUUUGUCUUGUUCUUGACUUUCCAGUUAGCAUACAUGUGCCUUGCGGACUUACGAUGCUCGGCCUCGGGCAGCAGAUCAUGUAAUGCCUCCACUAACCCCUGCAAAAUAAACAAACUAUUAGAAAUUGU